AGCCCCGGCCGCCCCACACUGGUGCCGGAUGGACUCUGACCCCGGAAGAGUCGGUGGUGAGAGGCUCUCCUGGUGCCGGUGAUGCGGCAGGUCCCAGCGCGGCUCCUGGCACACUAUGGCAGCCCCAUGCAGUGUCCCCCCCGAGGUCCUGGUCCCUGCCACCAACCAGACGCUGGAGCUGGCGCUGGGCACCUGUGUGGCAUUGAACUGCACCGUGCGCUGGGCAGGCACCGGCCAGUGCCAGCACAGCCCUGCAUGGAGCAAGGAUGGGCAGUGGCUGAGCAGCGGCAGCAGCCAGGACAUGGUCUGGUUUGCCCCAAACGCCUCAGAGCAGCUCCUCAGCAGUGUCCUACAGCUCAACCUGACCCAUGACAGUGACUUCGGGGUGUUCACCUGCUGGGUCAGCAAUGCCACAGCCACCUUCACCCUGCGGAGGGCAGCGGUGGCAGGACAUGUGCCUGCGGUGCUGGCAUCGCUGCUGGUGCUGGCACUGCUCAUGCUGGUGGCUGGGCUCUAUGUGCGCUGCCGGCUCAAUGUGCUGCUCUGGUACCGGAACCGCUAUGGGGAGAUGGAGAUCAAUGAUGGGAAGCUGUAUGAUGCAUACGUGUCCCAUACGUCCGCUCCCGAUGACCACAAGUUCGUGCAGUUCAUCCUAAAGCCGCAGCUGGAGAACCUCUAUGGAUACAAACUGUUCCUGGACGCGGACACCAUCCUGCCCCAUGCCGAGCCAUCGGCAGAGCUGGUCAUGACCAUGAGCCGGUGCCGGCGCCUCAUCGUGGUGCUGUCCGUGGCCUACCUGGAGCAGGAUUGGUGCAACCACAGCUUCAGGGAAGGGCUCUGGAGGCUGCUGGAGCUCACCAGCAGACCCAUAUUCAUCGUGUUCGAUGGCCGGUACCGGGAGAUCCAGCAUCCGGCUAUCACCCACCUGCGGCAGCACCGCGGGGCUGUGAGCCUGCUGCUGUGGAGAGAGGGCUCCAUGACCCCCUCGUCUGACUUCUGGAAGGAGCUGUGCCUGGCUCUGCCCCGCAGGGUGUCCCUCCCGGGGCCCGUGGGGGACCCACAGACCCGGCUGCAGGGGGACAAGGACCCAAUGCUGACCCUGAGCAGCACCUAUGGGGACAGUGGCAGUGACCUGCACCCGGAUGGGGACCUGGGUAUGGUCCUUCCCUCCAGGACUGCAUGUUCCGGCCCCCCCCCUCCCCGCCUGGCUCCGGCUCCGGCUCCUGCCGCUGGGAUGGAGCAGCCGCAGCUCAGGGAUGCUCAGGGACCCGAGAUCCAGGACUCGGACCUCGGCUCCCGUAACUACAGCGUCCGGAGAGACUUCUACUGCCUGGUGAUGGGGGAUGUGUGAGCGGCUCCUGCCCAUGGCUGCAUGGGCACAGCUGCCGCAGCCCUGGCACUGCCAUAGCA